AAGGAAAGAGGAAGUCGUCAGUCCACAGAGGGCGGCUUUUUCUUUCUCUUCUCCUCUUCUUUUUGCCUUCCCUUUUCAAAAAGCAGGACAACAACCCAAAAAAAAAAAAAAUUCCUGCAUAUUCUCUUUAUUUUUCAUCUUUAACUAUUUGUAUUAAUUUCUUCAGAUAAUUCAAAACCUUUCCUUCCAUUGCAACCUAGCUGAUCCGACAAUCUCAUUUUGCUAUUCCAUUUUUCCCUUUUCUUUUUUCUUUUUCACAUAUUUUUCAUGAUCUCACCCGAAAAAUAAACCCCCUCUUUUUGGUGAUCUGACAGAGUUUAGUUUCAGAACAAUGACGAGGGUAAGUCGAGAAUUUGGUGAUACUAUGCAAAAGGAAGCAGUUCCAGCAGUAUCAGCUGAUGUAAUAUUUGCGUCUAGUCGGUUCCCCAAUUACAAAAUUGGGGCAAAUAAUCAGAUUCUGGAUGCCAAAGAAGAUCCUAAAGUUUUGUCCAUGAAGGAGGUUGUUGCGCGUGAGACCGCGCUGUUACUGGAGCAGCAGAAACGCCUCUCUGUUCGUGACCUUGCUAGUAAAUUCGAGAAGGGCUUAGCUGCUGCUGCUAAGUUGUCUGAAGAGGCUAGACUCAGAGAGGCAGCUUCACUGGAGAAACAUGUCCUUUUGAAGAAGCUUAGAGAUGCCCUGGAAUCUUUAAAAGGACGUGUGGCUGGAAGAAACAAGGAUGAUGUAGCGGAAGCUAUUGCCAUGGUGGAAGCUUUGGCAGUUCAACUGACUCAAAGAGAAGGAGAGUUGAUUCAAGAAAAGGCAGAAGUGAAGAAACUAGCAAAUUUCCUUAAGCAGGCUUCUGAAGAUGCAAAGAAACUUGUUGAUGAGGAAAGAGCUUUUGCUCGUGUUGAAAUUGAGAGUGCAAGAGCAGCAGUUCAGAGAGUGGAAGAGGCCCUUCAGGAACAUGAACAAAUGUCUCGAGCUUCAGGCAAACAGGACCUGGAAGAAUUAAUGAAGGAGGUUCAAGAGGCAAGACGGAUCAAAAUGCUGCACCAACCAAGCAAGGUCAUGGACAUGGAACAUGAACUUCGAGCAUUAAGGAUUCAACUUGCAGAGAAGUCUAAGCAUUCCAUACUGCUUCAAAAGGAGCUAGCAAGAAGCAAGAGAGUUGAGGAAAAUUUAUCUCAUUUAUAUGAAUUAGAUGGUGCUGAAACUUUGGGUUCAUAUUUUCGGAUUAAACCUUGCUCUGAUUUUGCUCCGGAACUUUCCAGAUGUUCAAUUCAGUGGUAUCGUAUUUCAUCUGAAGGUGGCAAAAAGGAGCUUAUAUCAGGUGCUAGCAAAUCAGUUUAUGCUCCAGAGCCUUUUGAUGUUGGUCGAAUUCUGCAGGCUGAGAUUAUUUAUGAUGGCCAGAAAAUCAUUUUGAAAACUACUGGUGCUAUUGAUCCAGCUGCUGGUUUGGGAAACUAUGUGGAGGCACUUGUGCGGAAACAUGAUGUUGAAUUCAAUGUGGUUGUUACCCAGAUGAAUGGUGCAGAUCAUCCAUCAGAAUCUAUUCAUGUACUACAUGUGGGAAAGAUGAGGAUGAAACUUUGCAAAGGAAAGACGGCAAUUGCUAAAGAAUAUUAUUCCACCGUAAUGCAGCUGUGUGGAGUUAGAGGAGGUGGAAAUGCUGCUGCCCAGGCAUUGUUUUGGCAAGCAAAGAAAGGGCUUUCAGUUGUAUUAGCAUUUGAAUCAGAGAGAGAAAGAAAUGCAGCCAUUAUGCUUGCCAGGAGAUUUGCUUUUGACUGCAAUAUCAUGCUGGCCGGCCCGGACGACAGAGCUUCUUUAGAGACCUAAUAGAACUCCUUAGGAUUCUGUUUUGCUAAUUGUAAUUAUGUUGAGUUGUUAUCAUAUAUCAUGUAUCAUAAGUUUGUAAUAGUAGGGCAUGACACUGUUUGAUUCUGUAUUGGGUUUCCAAUUCCACCAAUUUUUUUUUUUUUUUUAUGGUUAGUUUGCCUUUCACUUUCCAUUAUCCUGUCCAACACCAAGGCAUUGUUUUUUGUCUGCCUUUUGUAUUAAUGUAACAUUUUCAGACAUACAUUUGGGGGAUUUCGGGAGCUGUCUUAUAUUUGUUGAAUGGUUUAUGCAUAGCGACAGAUGUGUGAGUGAUGAUUUUGUAAUUUGAUAUAAGCCAAUCAACUCGGUUUUCCUUUGAAAUUUUCCAUAAGAGUUUAUUCCCUGCU